CCCGGAGAACCAGCAGAACCAGAAGAAACUAACUCCAGCACACGUGUCAGGAAUGGACGCCCCAGCACCCGUGGAGAAGAGAGCACCACCGAAGUUCAAGCAGAGGACCACCCGCACCUUCAAGAGCAAAGCUCCCAAACCCGGACAGAAAGGCUUCGGAGACGACAUCCCUGGCAUGGAGGGACUGGGCACAGACAUCACCGUCAUCUGCCCCUGGGAGGCGUUCGGCGACAUGGAGCUCAGCGAUCUGGCCAAGUUUGGGAUCGUGUAGCACCUCGUCCGUCCCCCGUUCUCACCGAGACCAGACUGAAGAGCGACGUAGAGAAAAUACAGAGCCGUGUACAAAUCAACUUUAUUUUUUUGAACUGUAAAUAUGAUUGUGUUUGUGUCUGAAUCAACUCAUCGCCGUUGACUAAUGGCCACUGAUUUGGCAGUAGAAGGCAAAAAUAAAAGUUUAU